AUGGUGGUCUGGGAGGCGAACGCACAGGCCGCCUUAAGCCUGGUGCUGCCCCAGCUGCGCUACCUGCACGUCUUCCUGGCGCAGGUUCGCGGGCGCUUUGAGGAGCGGAGCACCGGCGAGAUGGGCGCGGCUGUGCGGCUGGCCGAGGGCCUGGCCCUGCCACUCUCCACAGACCACCAGCUCCCUGAGCUCUUCCACCGUGAGGGGUUCAUGCUGGCGACCCUGCUGGACCGCUUCAAGGGCAGGAUAGAGGCUACCCUCCCCGAGGGGGCCGACAUCAACCAUUGGAAGCAAGUUCUCGUGGACGAGGUGAAGGAGCUCGUGGUGUCCGAGUACUUCUGCCACCCUCCCCUUCCCUGCAGGGCCCCACUGCUGUGUGUGUGGUUGCCCCCGAGCCGCGCAGGAGCCAGGAGCCCUGGGGCCGCAGGGAAGGGCCGGGAAGCGCCCGAGCAGAGAAGCAGGACCUCUGGGUCCUUGCUGCUGGGCCAGAGGGAGAGGAGCCUCCCAGAGCCGGUGGAGAGCGGGGGGCUGCUGGUCUCGGAGAGGAGCGGCGCUUCCCUCUCCACGGAGAGCCACCUGGCCAGCGUCAUCCGCAAGAAGUACCUGCGUGAGAACAAGACAGUGGGUGCCCAGGAGGACCCCCUGCUUACUGGCAGAAGCGACGGGACGUCUGGCCAGACCUGGCGAGACUGGCCACCAUCAUCUAUCCUGCCCCCUGAGGGGCGCCUUCUCUGCAAGUGUCUUUGCCUCCCUGGGCAGCCCCGCCGUCGUGGAGCAUGACCCCCCUCUCCUGGUGGAGGCGGCUGAGCGUCUUCUCUUCUUGAAGACCAGCCUGGAGCACUUCCCGAGCUACACCCCCGCCCCGUAUCUUCCCCAGCAGAGACCUGCCGAGCUGCUCUGCAGCCUGGCGCUGGAGGCGCAGACCGGUAAACUGAGAGUCAGAACUGCUGGCUCUGAACAAGGGAAGAUGGGCCUCCCCACGGAGAUCCAGAGUCACCUGUUUCAGUCAUAGCCUUGUCCGUGUGACCGAGUCCUUUUCACAGACACACGUUGGGCCAGCGGCCUCUGUUCGCUCAUUUCCAUGAGAGGACCAGGGUGAUUCUGGUUUUUUAGAAGAACAUUGACGCUGUGGACGAGCCAUUUUCGCAUCGCGCGGAGCUUGCUCUCCGCUCCUGGCCUCUGCAUUGGCUGGGUUUGCACAGGCGUGUGGGCCCCUGCCUGGUGGAGGUGUGCAGAUUUGAGGUAAGAUGGGGCCCAGGAGCAGAGCAGAGGUCAUGGACACGCUGGAGAAUCAGGUUUUGAUUACUGUGCUGUUCAUCUAACUGCAGACAAGGGCGUGGGACCCAGGGCCGAGGGCACAGAGCCGAGUGCUGGAGGGGCGUGUGUUUCCUGCCAGAUGGGACCCUGGGGGCACAGGAGGCCUGAUGUCCAGUCCCAGUGUGAUCUUCCCGCUCCCCUUUCCUCUUCCGCAGAACGUGGGCACACGCACACCGUUCUCUGCCCGCCCCCUUGUUCUUUCCCUCCCUUUGCGCACCACCUCCAUCCCCAUCGCUGACGGGGUUCCUCAGGGCAUCGCUUCCCCCCCCAGCCCGUCCCCCCGCGGCGGCGGGGCGUUUGAACACAGGGCUGGUGGCUCUUCCCUGGAGGCCUGGCGUGUUGUCCUCCCCACCCCCGGCUGCUCAUCAGUACCCUCCGUUCAGCCUCAAGCAUGUGGGUGUUCGCCCGACUUCAGCCCCUGACUGUACACCAGGGCUUCCUGACCGCUUUCACCCCCAAAAUAGUGUGGCUGCGAGGAUGUGCGUACCCCUGGAGAGAGGCCCGCAGAUACUUGAGGAGGUGGUGUCCCCCCGAGGCUGGCCCGUUGCGCCUCGCUCUCACAGACGGUGCCUGGACCCCGUCAUCCUGGACUCGCCGCUGCCUCCUGAGGCCGAUGCCACAGGACACCCCAAGUGCGAGACGGGAGCCCGGCCUCCGGUCACAUGGCCAGGUUCUGGGCACACGUUCUCCUCCCUCCUCUCAUCGCUCCUUGCCCUCGGGCGGGGUCCUCGUCUCUGGCUAGUGCUUUUAUGGCCCGUCUCCGGUGCCCGGUGGCCUGUGGGCCAGAGCAGAUUUAACCAACGUGGAGGUGACUGCGUCGCUCACUGCUUACAAACCCGGCAGAUGUUUCCGCAGAGUGACCAGGUUUCUUAGCAGGUGCCUCCAUGCCUUCUGGACAGAAACGUUGGUAGAAGUGAAGAAGGAGCUGGGCUGCUGCAGACUGGAGGGGGGCUGGGGAAAGAUGUAGGGCCCCCUUCUCAGAGAUGGGGUGGGGGUCAGAGGUGUUAGCCGCUUCCCCAGCUCCCUGGGGCGUGUGGGAGGAGCUCUGGGUCUGAUUUCCUUGGAGGGGGCCUGAGGAGUGACGUUGCUAUGGGAACGCAGCCUCGGGCCCGGCUGAGGCUCUGGAGCCCCAGGUUUUGUAAACAGCAGGAGUGAAUGGCUCCUUGUUUCUCUGCAGGCCUCACCCUGCCCGGCCACCUGGCCUGGGCCCGGCCAGAGGCUGUGGGGUUGGGGAGCUGCCACUUGGAGCAGAGGUCUGCUUGUUUUCCUCUCUUCUUAGACCCUGACCCUUCUGCGCUUGCUCGGCAUCGCCAGCGUCCCUCCCCCUGGCCUCCUGCCUCGUGCUCUGGUCUUGCACUGACACCUGGGUUUCUGCCACCCCACGGCCACUGACGACUAGAAAGUACCCUCCCUCCCCUUUUCUGGAUCCAACAUAGGUGCCACCCUGCCCCUCCUUCCAGGACAGCUUCCUUGACUGCCCGGCCUCCCCUCCCCAACCCCCCCUUCGCCCGUGUUUGCAGCUGGAACCAUGCUAUCUGGCUGGCAGCGAUGGGCACUGUUCUGUUGGUGCCACAGUGAAGAGCUGGUCUUGACAGGCAGGGGGCGGGGGAGCAAAGGUGAGGGGCCUGGCAGCGCUGCCACUCUCCCUGUGCCUCCGCUGUCCCUUCCCUCCCUCCGCCUCAGUUUCCUCAUCAAGGACUGAAGGCUGAGCUCUCAGGCCCCACAGCUGCCACCAGAGGUCACAAGUUGGCCCAUGGAACGCGGAAACCACUUUGAAUUCCUUGCUGAUUUUAAAAAAAAUUGUCAAGAAGGCGCAGGUGCUCUCAUUUGUGUUUGCCAAUGCAUGGCUCUCCCAGGAAGGAAACAGAAGAAAUUGGCGAUGAUGGUGACCUGUUAUCUCUUCAAAAAUAAAUGUAAAUGGUUAAAAGGAAACACCUCAAUUAAUACAGAUAAUCGUGAGCAGUUACCGAGAAAGGAGAGUAAUGAGCUUGUGUCUCCGGAGCAGAUUUGGGAGACGGGAAGAAUUGGUAACGUCAGGCCUGAAUCCCAUCCAGCAUGGCCAUAACCGCCAUGGCCGAGUCAGGACUCCCUUAGGCAAGGGCCUGUGCCUGGCCCACCUCCCUCGGAGGGGCUCUUCACCCUCCUGCGCCCUGGACUCCAGUCUUCAGGUCCCGCCGGGCCAUCUAGGUUUCUGGCCCUGGCGGUGGAGGCUGGGUGGUCACUGAGGUGCUCAGAGGCCCGCUUACUAUUUGACUGUUUC